AAACACAGCCCAAAUGAGUGCUCUCAUCCAUUUUGUCAGAAUGAUCCAACGGAUCCACGGUAAAGACGAAUACGCAGCCCUCCUGAGAAGAUUUUUCCCAACCAAACCCACAUUGCAACUCCUAUAAAUCCCGCCCCGCAACAUGGAGUCGUUGCGCCUCACUCUUCCUCAAGUCCAAGACUAGGUAGAGCAGAAAGCUAGAAAUCAACAGCACUCGCGCGCCACAGAAAUUCAUUCCAUGGCCGUUGAGGUCGUCAAGUCGGAGCUGGUCGCGCCGAGCGAGCCCACGCCGCGGCGCGCGCUCUGGCUGUCCAACCUCGACCUCGCCGCGCGGAACGGCUACACACCGACGGUCUACUUCUUCCGCCGCCCCGAAGUCGGCGGCGACCGGCCGCAGCCGGACUUCUUCUCGGCCGACGUCCUGCGUGCGGCGCUGGCCGGCGCGCUGGUCCCGUUCUACCCCUUCGCAGGUCGGCUCGGCGCGGGCCGCGACGGGCGCGCCGAGAUCGACUGCAACGCCGAGGGCGCGCUCUUCGUCGUUGCUCGGUCCUCGGCCGCGCUCGACGAAUUCGAGGGCUUCGCGCCGUCCACGGCGAUGUGCGACUUGUUCGUGCCGACGUACGACUCCGCCGGCCCCGGCGCGCCGCUGCUCAUGCUUCAGGUCACCUUUUUCCGGUGCGGCGGCGUGGCGCUCGGCACGGCCAUGCACCACUUCGUCAUCGACGGUCGCAGCGCCUUCAACUUCAUCCGGACGUGGGCCAGCAUAGCCAGCGGCACGGCCGGCGCUGCCGUGCCACCGUCCCUCGAGCGCACGCCGCUCCGCGCGCGCCCUCUGCCGAGCGUCCUCUUCGACCACACCCACGAGUACGGCAGCCACGCUUCCGGACCCACUGCCGCGGCGGCCGGCGGCAAGGCGGAGUAUGCCAACGCCAUCCUCCGCGUGACGGGCGCGCAGGCCGCCGCGCUCCGCGCGCGCGCGGGCGCGGCUCCGCGGGUGUCCACCUUCCGCGCGCUGGUGGCCCACGUCUGGCGCUGCGCGUGCGCGGCGCGCGCGCUGGCUCCCGACGCCGAGUCCCGGCUCUACACGAUGGUCGACAUGCGCGCCCGCCUCUCCCCGCCACUGCCCGAGGCCUACUUCGGCAACGCGGUGGUGCGCACCUCGGUAUCCGCCAGGGUCGGCGACCUCCUGGGCGGCCCGCUCGGGUUCGCGGCCCGGCGGCUCCGCGCGGCAACGGGGCACGGCGACGAGUACGCGCGGUCGCUGGUGGACUACCUGGAGGCGGCGGACAUGGGUGCGCUGCCGCGGGGCAGGCUCCCCAGCACGGACCUGCGAGUCAUCAGCUGGCUGGGGAUGCCUUCGCACGAUGCUGACUUCGGGUGGGGCGAGCCGGCGCUGCUGGCGCCGGCGCUCAUGUACUACACGGGGUUCGUGUACCUGCUGAGCUGCCCUGGCAAGGACGGCGGCGUCGCGGUGGCCGUGGCGCUGGAGCCCGAGCGCAUGGAGCGGUUCAAGGAGCUCUUCUUCGAGGAGCUGGCUGAAGUGACCGAGUGAGGAUUAACGUAUACGUGUAACGUGCAGGUGUGUAUAGUCGUAUAGAGCCCGUAUCUACUCCCUACGUAUGUACGCUCUACGGUCGUAUUAAGAUGUAACGAAGGUAGUAAUUAAAGACCUUUGCACCUGGCACAAUUACAUGUUCCUGUAGACCUUCUACUGCCAAGUUGUAACCUUCGAUUCGAUCGAAUUGAAGCAGAUUUAUAUGUGCAUCAAUGCA